UGUGCAGGAAACGUCAUUUCAUAACAGGCGUCAGUCUGGUGCACAGAGCCACGCGGAAACAGUGGUAGAGAAAAAGAAUGUCUACUCUCUGCGUUCCUGCACAUGUUCCAUCGGCGAGCGAGGACUGCGAGCAGCUGCGCAAGGCGUUUUCAGGAUGGGGAACAAACGAGGACUUGAUCAUAUCUAUUCUGGGGCACAGAAAUACUGCCCAGAGGAAGUUGAUCAGACAAGUUUAUGCAGAGACGUAUGGAGAAGAUCUACUCAAAGCGUUGGACAAAGAAUUAACACGUAACUUUGAGAGACUGGUAUUGCUCUGGACACUGGACCCUGCAGAGCGUGAUGCGCUAUUAGCUAAUGAAGCUACAAAAAAGUGGACAGCAAGUAAUCCAGUUCUUGUUGAGAUAGCUUGUACAAGGUCUCCAAAAGAGUUGAUUUUGGCAAAGGAAGCUUAUCAGGCUCGUUUUAAGAGAUCUUUGGAAGAAGAUGUUGCUUACCACACAUCGGGGGACUUCCGCAAGCUCUUGCUUCCAUUAGUCAGCACAUAUCGGUAUGUGGGAGAUGAUGUCAACAUGACUCUUGCGAAAACAGAAGCUAAACUCUUACAGAAGAAAAUCUGUGAGAAGGAAUACGCCUGUGAAGAUGUCAUUAGGAUAUUGACCACAAGAAGCAAAGCGCAAGUCAAUGCAACUCUUAACCAGUACAAAAAUGAAUUUGGACAUGACAUAAACAAGGAUCUGAAAGCUGACCUUAAAGAUGAGUUCUUGGCACUAUUAAGAAUUACUGUGAAGUGCUUAAUCUACCCUGAGAAGCACUUUGCCAAGGCCCUCCGCCUUUCGAUCAACAGGUUGGGCACUGAUGAAGGAGCCCUCACCAGAGUUGUCGCCACCCGGGCAGAGGUCGAUAUGAAGGUCAUCAAAGGCAUGUAUCAGAAAAGAAACAGCGUGCCCCUGGAAACAGCCAUUGCCAAGGACACCCAUGGCGACUAUGAGAAGAUGCUCUUGUCCCUGAUCGGGCAUGGCGAGGAGUGAGUGAUGUCUUAAAAUCAUCCAUCUGAGUUUUCGUGAUUCAGGUAACAUUUCAUUUUCAGCUCUUACUAUUAUCAUAUUGUGGCUGUCUUUGUGUUCUUGAGUGCUAUAAUAAGCUUCUUCACUGGAGCAUUCAUCUCUGUUGUCUAUAUGGUUUGCUUUUAUAAAUUUGGUGUGACCUCAGCUGAAUUCUCUCAUUCAUUCCAACCAUUAAUUUCAAAUUUUGUGCUACCAAAUA